AUGAAGCAAUCAAGGGUUGGGUUAUCCUACCGAGCAAGGUUAUCGGUACGCCCGUUUCUUGCUCCCGCCGAAUUUGCGGGGACCCCCGUACCCUCCGUUCGACCUGUUGAAUAUGACAUUUACCCCAGAACUUCAACAGACCUGGUCUCGGUGGCGACACAGAUAUCAACUGUCAUUCAGAAGGCCUUUGAAACGACCGAUCCUGCUGGAUUGUCCCUCAGUAAUCCUUUUGACCCGGCCAUCAUCGUCACCUGCUCCUUGGCUCUUCCAGCUACAUCGUCAUUCCCAACAUGA